UGGAGUAGCCCAGAGAGAGAGGGAAAGGGAAGGCAGGCAGGCGAGGAGGGGAGCUGGAAGGGCUGGAGCAUUGCAAGCCUUGCAAGGAAGCCAAGGAAGAGGAGGAGGAGGAGGAGGAGGAAGAAGGAGACCAUGCACUAAGGCUGCUCGGAGGCUGCUCUUUCCACCUCCAUCUCCCAGCGAAGGAAAACCAAGCAGUUGACAUCCAUGGAGCUGGAAAACAUUGUUGCCAACACCGUCUUGCUCAAAGCCCGAGAAGGAGGUGGAGGAAAGCGCAAAGGUAAAAGCAAAAAAUGGAAGGAAAUCCUGAAGUUUCCUCACAUUAGCCAGUGUGAAGAUCUUCGAAGAACAAUAGAGAGAGAUUACUACAGUUUAUGUGACAAGCAGCCAAUAGGAAGAAUUCUCUUUCGGCAGUUCUGUGAGACUCGCCCGGAGCUUGAGUGCUGUAUUAGGUUUCUGGACUCAGUGGCAGAAUAUGAACUUACACCAGAUGAAAAACUAGGAGAGAAAGGCAAAGAAAUUGUGAUGAAAUACCUCAUCCCAGAGUCUCCAGUUUAUGUAGCAGAGGUCAGCCAGGAUCUUGUCCAGCAGAGUGAAGAAAAACUUGAAAACAGCCCCUGUAAAGAGCUCUUCUUACCUUGUGUGAAAUCUGUGCAUGAGUAUUUAAGUGGCGAACCUUUUCAAGAAUAUUCAGACAGCAUGUAUUUUGAUAGAUUUCUCCAGUGGAAAUGGCUGGAAAGACAACCAGUGACGAAAAAUACAUUUAGACAAUACAGGGUAUUAGGAAAAGGUGGUUUUGGGGAGGUGUGCGCUUGUCAAGUACGGGCAACUGGGAAAAUGUAUGCAUGCAAAAGAUUAGAGAAAAAAAGAAUAAAGAAGAGGAAAGGUGAAUCCAUGGCCUUAAAUGAAAAGCAGAUUCUAGAAAAAGUCAGUAGUCAAUUUGUAGUCAACUUAGCCUAUGCUUAUGAAACAAAGGAUGCACUCUGUUUAGUUCUAACCAUAAUGAAUGGGGGUGACUUGAAGUUCCACAUCUACAAUAUGGGAAAUCCAGGCUUUGAGGAAGAAAGAGCUUUGUUUUAUGCUGCUGAGAUUCUUUGUGGCUUAGAAGAUUUGCAUAGAGAAAACACUGUAUACAGGGAUUUGAAGCCAGAAAAUAUCCUGUUAGAUGAUUAUGGCCAUAUCAGAAUCUCUGAUUUGGGUCUAGCUGUUAAAAUCCCCGAGGGUGAAUCAAUCCGUGGACGGGUAGGAACAGUUGGUUAUAUGGCUCCCGAAGUUCUGAAUAACCAGCGAUAUACACUUAGCCCUGACUACUGGGGUUUAGGCUGCCUGAUCUAUGAAAUGAUUGCAGGACAAUCACCUUUUCGUGGAAGGAAAGAGAAGGUGAAGCGAGAAGAGGUAGACAGGAGAGUCUUGGAGACUGAAGAGGUGUAUUCCCAUAAAUUCUCUGAAGAGGCAAAGUCUAUCUGUAAAAUGCUACUGACCAAAGAUGUGAAACAGAGAUUGGGUUGUCAUGAAGAAGGGGCAACUGAAGUAAAGAGGCAUCCGUUUUUCAAGAAUAUGAAUUUCAAGCGCUUAGAAGCUGGAAUGCUAGACCCACCUUUUGUCCCUGAUGUUCUCUUAUAUUCUUUCCUUCUUGUGCUGGGGCAGCCUCGAGCAGUGUACUGCAAAGACGUAUUGGACAUAGAACAAUUUUCAACUGUCAAGGGAGUGAACUUGGACCAAACAGAUGAUGAUUUCUAUUCCAAGUUUUCCACAGGCUCUGUAUCAAUUCCCUGGCAAAAUGAGAUGAUAGAAACAGAGUGUUUUAAAGAACUUAAUGUGUUUGGACCAAAUGGUACUAUUUCACCAGACCUUAACAAAAGCUACCCACCAGAACCACCGAAGAAAGGAUUACUGCAUAGAAUAUUUAAACGUCAGCAUCAGAACAAUUCCAAGAGUUCUUCAAAUUCAAAGGCCAAUUUAAAUCAUCAUAUAAAUGCCAACCAUGUAAGUUCAAACUCUACUGGAAGCAGCUAGUUCUGCCUUGGCUUUUGUGAACCUGCAUUUGGCAUCCCUCCACUAUAAUGUAUGGAGCUUCAAGGAUGAGAGAACACCUGCCAUUGAGCUAGAAGAUCAAUGAUCUCCUUCCUAGGGAGAUUUCCCCCCUUCUCCAUUCCUUCCAGAGGAGCUUCCCAAUUUUCAAAGAAAUUUCCUCUCAGGUCUGUUUUUGGAGGUGGCACUUGAGGUCUUGUGACUCAACGUUGUCUCUGUAGGACAUUGCAAUAGAAAUCAGAGUCUGACAGCUUGCACGUAUUUAAAAUAGUAUCAUAACUAGAACUGAAUUUUGUCCUUAUUAUUUUUAAAGAAAAGGUUUUGUAAAUUUCUCUAUCGUCUCAGUUUACAUUUUGUACAUUUGUAUUUAAAUGAAAGUCGGACUUGGGGAUGUAUUUUUUCUGAGCAGCAGCUUGUAAAGCCAUCUGUUUUAAGACUUUUGUUUUUUUAAAAAAAACAAAGAAAAACACAAAGUGAUCAAGACUUCCAGAGCCUCAAAAUGAGAUGUUUAAUUUUAUUUUUAUUUUGCAGAUGUAGAAAAUUAUUCACAGAUUCCUCUUUUCAUAUCAGUUUUGUCGAUACAAUUUUUUAUUGGCAUCUUUUAUUCUUUUUUCAUCCAUUGAGUUUACAGCAACACUGCAGAUAAGUGUCUUCCUUCUUUUUUCUCAAAAUCUUGCAUUUAAUGCAUACUCAAACAUGCAGUCAAGAUUAACCAUCUGUAAGGAAGCUAAUACAUUAUAUCUGAGGUACAUGGGACCAGCAUUGUUGCUAUUUGCACUUUUUGUAGUUAGGUUAUCCUUUAAGGCUGUUAUUGAAAAAUCAACCCUUUUUAAAAUCCCUCCUCUUUCUCCCUCCCUGAUAUGGUUUUUCAGACUUUCUGUUGUUAUUGCUAGAAAGAGAACAAAUACACAUGAUCGCAGACACGGGUAGACACCUGCUCUCCAUGUGAGAAAUUCAACCUUUGCUGCUCCUCUCAAGAAGAUUCCAAGAGGUUGUCUUGAAGGCUUUGCCUCUUCAAUAUUGUUUUCACCAUUAAUUGG